AUUUCUAUCUUAGAUUACAUUGUUUAAUUGAAGUUUGAAAAAGAAAAAAAAAAUCUUUUUUCUAUAAGAACUCACCAUUGCUCAAAUUUACUAAACCGGUUUUAAAAAGUUCCAUAUUCGUUACCACGUUCAUCCAUCUUCACAUGCACACAACAAAGAAAAAGCACUUUUUUCUCUCCACCAACACCAUUUCUAUACCUUUUCUCUCAAAACAGUUACCUCUUCUAUUAACACCUUUUAGUUUUCCCUCUCUUCUACUCUCUAUCAAUGUCUCUUCUUUCUUCAGUUUUCCUUUCAUUCUUCUCUCUUCUUUUCAUACUUUCACUUCAAUGUCAAAAAGCUUCUUCUCUUCAUCAUCAUCAUCAUCACCACCAUCAAAAACCCAUUUUGAAAUCUAGCAACAACCAAAGCAGUUGUGCAUUGUUUGUAGGAACUUGGUUUCAUGAUGAAACUGAAAGUUACCCUUUUUAUCAAUCUUCUAGCUGUGAAAUCAUAGACCCGGAAUUCAAUUGCCAAAUGUAUGGUCGCCCAGAUUCUGAUUACCUUAAAUACAGAUGGAAACCGCUCAAUUGUGAGCUUCCAAGGUUCAAUGGUGUUGAGUUUCUGAUGAAGAUGAGAGGAAAGACUGUAAUGUUUGUUGGGGACUCGUUGGGAAGGAACCAAUGGCAGUCUUUGAUUUGUAUGCUGUCUGCUGCAGUACCUCAAUCACUGACACAACUAGUCACUGGAGAUCCUCUUUCCACCUUCACAUUCUUGGACUAUGGUGUGAAGAUUGCAUUUCACAGAGCACCUUAUUUGGUGGAUAUGGAUAUGGUCCAAGGGAAGAGAAUCUUGAGGCUUGAUGAGGCAGAUAAGAAUGGUAACACAUGGAAGAGUGCUGAUGUAUUGUUGUUCAACACAGGACAUUGGUGGACUCAUCAAGGAUCACUUCAAGGAUGGGAUUAUCUAGAAUUAAGAGGGGAGUAUUAUUCUGACAUGGAUCGAUUGGGAGCGUUGGAAAGUGGUAUGAAAACAUGGGCUACUUGGGUUGAUGCAAAUAUCGACAGAAGUAGAACCCAAGUGUUGUUUCAAGCAAUUUCUCCAACUCAUUACAACCAAAACGAAUGGAAUGCAGAAGCUGGUAGAACAACAACGAUGAUGACAACGAAGAACUGCUAUGGUGAAACAGCUCCAAUCAGUGGCACGACAAUAAACCAUGGAGGAGUAGAAACAUACACUCAACAACAGAUGAGAAUAGUGGAUAUGGUGAUUCGUGAAAUGCGUGAUCCUGCAUAUCUUCUUGACAUCACAAUGUUAUCGGCGUUGAGGAAAGAUGGACACCCUUCGAUUUACAGUGGUGAAUUGAAUCCGCAGCAGAGAGCUAACCCGGAUCACUCAGCUGAUUGUAGUCAUUGGUGUCUUCCUGGUUUGCCUGAUACAUGGAAUCAACUUCUCUAUGUUGCUUUAUUCUAUUAAUUCAUUUUAUUAGUAUUAUAAAACCUUAAGCAAUUUGUACAAGGUAACUCAUAACUUGGAAAUCCAAUAGAUUAAGAUAAGAUAACAGUUCAAAUUACAGAAUUCAAAAUGAUACAAGAUGCAAUACUUAUUUAAAGCAUUGUCUAUAUUAUAUAGCAUAACUUUGCCUCGGAUAAAAUUAAACACAUGGCAAAUUCUUCAUUAAUGUUAUGUUUUCAAUUAUUAUCUUCAUUCUUCUAGCACAGUCAUUCCUUGGCCCAGCUGAAACUAGCCCUGGAUGGCAAGCUCGACAGGAGCGGCUUCCAGUGGUAUAAUCGUCUCAAAUUCAACAGUUUUGUUGACUUUGUUCUGGUUUUCAUAAGCUGAAUCAUGAACUCCAAGUGCAGCUCUACCAGAAGGAUCGAGGUUGUUUGACCAAGCAGCAUCCCACUCAACAGCUUUUGCUGUGCUACAUGCAACCGUUGGUCCUCCGGGAACAGUUAGCCUUGCCGAGUUCUGCAAAACAAGUUCAAGAAAUACCAAUUUUGAAUCAGAACUUGUUAAACUAUGUUAUCUUAUGGUCAAUGAAGUACUCUCAGAAACACUAAAUACGUAUUGAUAUUGACAUGAAAAUAACCGCUAGUAAUAACUAAGAAAAUAGAAAUGAUUGAAUGUAACCAGUGCUACAUUGCUUAUGGUUACAACAAAUUAAGAAGAAUUGAUUGGUUAUCUUGCCUGAGGGAAGAACCGCUCAAAGAUCAUUCUGUAGUAGUAUGCUUCCUUUGUGUUUGGUGUGUUGUGAGGGA